CAUAACUAUUUCUUUGGUUUUCUCAAUUCGAAAUAGCCCAAGUUUUUGUUUGCGGCUAUUAGGAAAGCGUAUCUAAAGAGAAUGGAUUGAUAUUUAAGCAUCAAUUUAAUGCUUGGUGUCUGGGGCUUCACGUCGGUGAUCACAAGAUGUUGAUAAAUAUCUUGGUUAUUGUGAAUCACCCCUACAGUGACAAAUGGAUUCUUGAUGAUUUCAAAUGCUUGAUGCUAGACGGUAGCACUACACCAUGCCUACAAGCUAACGACCAGCACUGUAUUGACAGCAUAGACACCACAAUUUGGAGGAUGUUUAAGUUUCACUAAAGGAUUGUUGACUAUAUAAUCUGUUGCAAACUCACAAAUGGAAAGAUACAAAAUUUUGGAGGAGCUUGGUGAUGGCACUUGUGGUAGUGUAUAUAAGGCACGUGAUUGGAGAACAAAUGAGAUUGUUGCUGUCAAGAAGAUGAAGAGAAAGUUCUUUUUCUGGGAAGAAUACUGGAGAUUGCGAGAGAUUAAGGUCCUUCGCAAAUUAAAUCAUCCAAAUAUUAUAAAGUUGAAGGAGGUGGUUAGGGAAAACAACGAGGUGUUCCUUAUUUUUGAGUACAUGAACUAUAAUUUGUAUGAAAUAAUGAAAGAACGGCAAAGACCCUUUUCAGAGGAUGAAAUUAGGAGCUUUAUGUCUCAACUACUGGAUGGACUUAAUCAUAUGCACAGAAGGGGAUAUUUUCACCGAGAUCUGAAACCAGAAAAUUUGCUGGUGACAAAUGAUAUUCUUAAAGUUGCCGAUUUUGGAUUGGCUAGAGAAGUGUCAUCAAUGCCUCCUUAUACUGAAUAUGUUUCCACACGCUGGUAUCGAGCACCGGAAGUCCUGUUGCAGGCCAAGUCAUAUACUCCUGCAGUUGACAUGUGGGCAGCAGGUGCAAUCUUAGCUGAGCUUUUCACUUUGUCCCCUAUUUUCCCUGGUGAAAGUGAAAUGGAUCAGCUGUACAAGAUAUGCUGUGUACUUGGUACACCAGACUUGACUAUUUUCCCUGAAGGGACUAAUAUAUCUCGAUUAUUUGGCAUUGUCAAUUUUGAUAAGAUCUUGCCUGCAAAUCUCUCUGACAUCAUUCCAAAUGCAAGUGCAGAGGCUAUUGAUUUGAUCACGAAACUAUGCUCAUGGGACCCAUCAAAGAGGCCAACUGCAGAUGAAACAUUACAACAUCCUUUUUUCCAUGUUGCUUGGAUUCCUCGUUCACUGCAUGAUCCACUUGAUCUGAAGCUAAGUAACAUAGGAACAAAGCCAACACUUGAGUUGAAACUAUCGGACUUCGGUGCUGAACCUGAGGACUGCUUUCUUGGCUUGACAUUGGCUGUGAAGCCCAGUAAUCCAGACUUAGAUGUGGUUCAUAAUGUAUCUCAGCAUAUAGAAGAGGAUGCACUAUUUUGCUCUGGUUUGGAAGAUCGUUCAGGACGGUCUGUCUUUUGGUCUCUAUUGCCUCCUGAUCAAGGUGGAAUAUGUGCUCCAGUUGAGCCUUCGUUUUCUUUGUCAUUCAGUUCAAUUCAACAUCCAUCAGUCAGAGUUCCACAGUCAGCUGGGUUCUCCAUGCCAUCUUUGCAGUCUAACAUCGUAGAUGGUCCAUUACUCGCCAUGUCUUCUCCCUUUCCGCAAAGUCAUUGCCACUGAGUGAAUCAAAGUAAAUAAACUGGUGAAUGACCCUAGAACUUAGGGUUGUAGUUUUGUUAAUACAAAGGUUUAUUGAGCACAGUAGUUUUGUUGUACCAUGAACAUGUAGAAUAUCUUCUUUUUUCAAGCAAUGCUUAUGUAUCUUUCACUCCCAAGUGCU